UCUGAUAGUAAUUACAUGACGUACCUACCGUUGCAAAGAAAUACCGCAAACCAAGAGAACUGUAGGCUCAAGAACGUCGAUAAACGUCCUCUCGAGGAAGAAAACAGUAGAAACAGACGUAGAAAAUCACCUGAAUCCACCAUGAGUAAGACCCAUCCACCGGAAUUAAAGAAAUACAUGGACAAAAGACUAUCAUUGAAACUUAAUGGUGGUCGACAUGUGACAGGAGUUUUACGAGGAUUUGAUCCUUUCAUGAACCUUGUACUGGAUGAAGCUGUUGAGGAAGUGUCAGCGCAGGAGAAGCAUAACAUUGGCAUGGUGGUGAUCAGAGGAAACAGUAUUGUCAUAAUGGAAGCGCUGGACAGAAUAUUAUGACAGGAUACAUGGAUUAGUUUUCUCUAGCUUCUUUAUACAGUUACUGUAAAGCCUUGCUGCUUGUAAAUAGCUCUUUCGUGUGCAAGUUAUGUUGCCUACAAACUGACAUUGACACUUGGUCAUUUCCACAGCCAAGAGAAUCUGUUGUUUUUAAGGUCUGUAACAGACUGAUACAAUCUCUAGACAGGCUAGUUGUAAUGUGCUGACAACAAUCAUUGUAUUUCCAUUUUAUAUAAAUAUAUGGACCUGUUAAUUUAUUUGAAAUUAACAAAAUAAAGUACAUGUAUUGUCCUAAA